AGCAAUUCACCAUCCACGGAUCCACCCAUCCGUAUCCGUGUUCCUCUCGCGUAGAAGUAACGAGCCUCGAGCUCGGUCGCGUGCGUCGCCGCAGCCGUUGCGUGGCGAAUUAAUUCUCUCCCCCCUCCUCCGCCCAUUCAGAGUUCAGACACCAUAUAGCCUAGCCGCCACCGCCACACCACCCUCCCACUCCGUGUGGCACCCGCCCGCCAAGAACCGGGGACAAGCAACCAGUCAUCUCGUCCAGUCCCACUGGUUCCUGGCGCACGCAUCCGUCGUGUCCAAGUCCAAUCAGGUGCCUUGAUUUCUCGGAGUUCUUGAGCUUGAGCCGGGACUGGGUGGUGCGGCGGUGAGGGCCGAGCGGUCGAGUUCUUGGCGAUUGGCGGCUGUACAUGAGGGGCUGUGCCGGGGGAGGGAGGCAACCUGGGGAAGGAGGCGGGGGAGGCGCUGGGGCUGCUGGGCUGCGUCAAUGAGGUGGUGGCGGCGGUGGCGGCGACGUGGGGGCCCAUGACCGACGGCGCGCGCGUGGAGGCGGCGCCCAGGCUCGCGCAAUGGCGCGUCGACGCGCUCCCCUGCUACACCUACCGCAAGUCCCUCCCCUUCCGCAUCGGCCUCUGGAACUGGUACCUAUCUGUGGAGAGAAACAACAAGCAAACUUGUGUUAAGCUCUUUGCAGAGAAUUCAAAUUCUGCCAAGAACGGCCACUCAGCCCCAAUAGCUUCCUUUGUCACCAAACUUCUCAUAUCUCUUCCACCUAAUCAACAGACUAUAAUCCACCCAGGAAUUUUUGACAAGCAGCUGAAACACGAAGGUUUUGUGUGGGCGAUUGAUAGUAGCGUUACGGGCAGAUUUGUCAUUGAGAUAGAGUUUCUUGACCUGAAGAUCGCUGAUCCAUCUGUAAGCACUGUCUCACUGUCUUCUUCUGGUUUUUUGUCAAAGGGUGGUGAACCGGCCUCAAUCUGGGCCUCCCAGCAGAUUAAGCAGUCUUCAGACAACACCGCUCUGUCCGCCCUUGCCCGGAUGCUGCACGACGACAUCCUCACCGACAUCACGAUCAACGCGGCGGACGGCAGCGUCCGCGCCCACCGCGCCAUCCUGGCGGCGCGCUCCCCGGUGUUCCGGAGCAUGUUCUCGCACGACCUCAGGGAGAAGGAGCUCUCCGCCGUGGACAUCCCCGACAUGUCCCUGGACGCCUGCCACGCCUUCCUCAACUACAUCUACGGCGACCUGCGCAGCGAGGAGUUCCUGGCGAACCGGCUCGCGCUCCUCCGCGCCGCCGACAAGUACGACAUGGCCGACCUGAAGGAGACCUGCCACGAGAGCCUGCUGGAGGACAUCGACACGGGCAACGUGCUGGAGCGGCUGCAGACGGCGCACCUGUACCGGCUGCCGAGGCUCAAGGGCGGGUGCCUGAGGUUCCUGGUGGACUUCAGGAAGGUGUACGAGAUGCACGACGACCUCAGCGCGUUCCUGCAGACGGCGGAGCGGGACCUCGUGGCCGAGGUGUUCCAUGGCGUCCUGGCAGCGUGGAGCGGGCGGUGAAGCGUGCCCAUGCCAUUUGCAGGGUUGCAGGUGUAUUUUCUGGAUUGGUUGGUUCAGAAUCAGGAGGACAGAAGCAUUAUUGUUUGGAGGAUUCUUGCUGGAAAAAGCAUGUACAUAUUUGCAAACAGUACAUAAUACGUGCCGGUGGUUGGCUGGCCUGGAAUUUACCGUGUAUGCCUUGAUUGGAUUUUGCUCUUAUCAUGUGGAAAUCUAAUUCAUGUAUGUAACAUAUUGCUCGAUUUGUAAUACAUCAGUCAUUAGCUGA